AUGUACAAGACACUAGCCGCCCUCACACUGGCCGCAGCAGCUGCUGCGGUCCCGAUGCCACAGACUGGCAGUGCGAUUGGAGCCAAACCCGAACAGUCGGAUCUUUUCGCCCUCGCGAUGGAUUACAAAGGCACAUUUGUCACUCUUACCGCGGUCUCCAAUGGUACUGUCGGCAACAUGGUCCUCUCUGCCGGUAGACCUAGCGUUUAUCCCGGAACCCCUGCCUACUUCAACGGUACCGGCGAGUACAAGGCCCUGAACUUCUAUGUCGACGACGCCAACUUUGGCGGAUCCAGUGUCUACGGCCUCCGAGCCAAACAGAUCCCUGACGGCGAGUCCUACGCUAGGUCUGUCGACGCGCUCUUUGGGUUCCAGGAAUUCGAGUGGACAGUCAGCGCGAAUGGCACCAUCGGGCACAGAGAGACUGAAGCGCUCAACAGAUUUUACGCUUGUGAGGACACCGCAAGCAAGGGAGACAACAUUUUCCUGAAGUGGGGCGAAGACACGAAGGAUGGAAAGCCGCCAGCUGGAUGUGUGGAAACGUUCGUUAUACAGGACUUUGAUGUUCCUGGAGGCCAGCAUUCGGGUUCGUCUUAA